AUGGCAUCAGGGUAUAAUCCAGAAACAAGCGCAGUACAGGAACAACAACAAUAUCAACAAAACCCUACAUUUCUUUAUGAUGCUCUUUAUUGUUCCGAAGAGAAUUGGGAGGAAGAAGUUAGUGAGGACUAUUUUCAAGAUGAGGUAGAAGGAGAGAGUUAUUAUAGCAAUAAACAAAACACUUCUCCAAUCUUGCUAGAACAGGACUUAAGUUGGGAAGAUGAGGAACUUUCCUCUUUGUUUGCCAAGGAGGAGCAAAAUCAGCUGUACAAAAACUUGGAAACCAACCCAUCUUUAGCUAGGGCUCGCUGUAAGGCUGUAGAGUGGAUUUUAAAGGUCAAUGCCCACUACUCUUUCGCUGCUCUAACUGCAGUUUUGGCAGUGAACUAUCUUGAUAGGUUUUUAUUCAGUGUCCACCUUCAGAAAGAGAAGCCAUGGAUGGGCCAGCUUUCAGCUGUAGCUUGCCUCUCACUUGCUGCCAAAGUGGAGGAGACCGAAGUGCCCCUUCUAUUGGAUUUUCAGGUGGAGGACAGUAAAUAUGUGUUUGAGGCCAAUACUAUCCAGAGAAUGGAGAUUCUGGACAAGGUAGAGGAUUGUAGCAAGCUUGUAAUGGAAUUGGCUCCAAGAGACCAGUUUAAGCUAUCAAACAAGCGCAAGUUAUGUUCAGUUCCAGGCAGUCCAGACGGGGUGAUUGAUGUGUCUUUCAGCUCAGACAGCUCAAAUGAUUCAUGGUCUGUGGUAUCAUCGGUGACUUCCUCACCGGAGCCUCUGUCCAAGAAGAGCAGGGCACUGCAGAGUCUAAACAAUGCAACUUCAGAUUUCUGUCAACAUUCCUCGCUAGUGCCUUAA